AUGGAAGUAUUAGGAGCACCACAAACUCAUUUAGGUCUGAAGGCGAUGAUUAAGGAGGUCGAUGAAGACGGAGAUGGUCGUUUGUCCUUCCACGAAUUCAUGUUGGUAUUUCGCAAGGCUCGUGCUGGAGAAUUAGAGGAAGAUUCAGGUUUGGCACAACUGGCAAAGUCGACAGAGAUCGAUGUUGAUAAGGUUGGAGUAAAUGGAGCCAAAGAAUUUUUCGAAGCUAAGAUUGUUGAAUUAGCGAAGAAGAGCAAAUUCGAAGAUGAGAUCCGUUUGGAGCAAGAAGAACGCAAACGGCUGGAAGAAGAAAAAGUUUUUGACGACAGACGACAACAGCUUUGGAAAAAGCUGCAAUGUUUAAAUAAUGACACUGCUGAGAAUAAUUUAUUUAGCCAUGUAUUCGUCGCAUUUUAG